ACAAAAGCGCUUUGCGUUGCAACGGACGCGAUCCGGGUUCAAUUGCGCUCCUCCCAAAGCGGCUGCGCUCUUGGAGGCGUUGCGCGCUCGGGGCUUAAGGGGAUUCCGCGCACGUCCCCCGUGCAAACUGGUCCCCUUCCUGUGAAUUGCGGACAUCGUUUCCCCGGCUGGGUUCUGCAACCUGAGCACCGCUGGCUGAAGCAGCUCUGGUUCUCCUCCCUAGCAGAUGGAGCGCAUCCUGCCCGCGAAGAUGGAGAGCAGGCUUAGAGAAGGCGGGCCGGAGACUGUCCAUCCCCGGGUGGACAGUUUCCUCCUGAGCCAGGCAGUGGAUGAGCAGCAGCCAUUUCAGAUACAUGGGAUGUUCACAGAUGUGGUUCCCGAUUCCCUCAUGGUAGAAAAGACUCCAUCUAAAGCCUGUCGGAGUUCUCUGGUCAGCAGCAUCGCACCUGAGGGUCUGAUUCUUGAUACCACACCGGAUGUCAAAAAGACGCUGCUUUCUGAGUCACCUACUCUUUGUGGUGGAGCACAACCAGCCACUACGCAGCCGGAUCCGGUGGGAGAGAAUCCUCGGGGCCUGGUGUCGUUUGAGGAAGUGGCCGUGUGCUUCACAAAGGAGGAGUGGGCCCUGCUGGAUCCAGACCAAAGAGCUUUGUACAAGGAAGUCAUGUGGGAGAAUUAUGAGAAUGUGGCCUCUCUGGCCCUUGCAGGAAAUCUUAUGAUUCCCAAACCUGACCUCAUCUCCUGGCUAGAAGAAGGUGGAAGAGAGGAGGAAGGAGGCGAGCCACUUGCCCAGGGCUUCAGCAAAGGGGAGAAAAAAGCUGCAGGUGCUGUUUGGGACAGCCAGGGCGAGCCAAGUUGGGCAUCAUUGGAAGAAACUAGAUGGGAGGAGCAGGGAGUGGGAAUGCAAGCAGAGCAGGAAAGGGUGAAUGGAUUAUCUGCUUCUCAGGGUGACAGCUUCUGUGACAUCGCAAUUCAAGAAACAGUGGACCAAGGGAAGAAAAGGAGGCAGUGCCCUGUGUGUGGGAAAAGCUUCAGUUGGAAAUCCAGUCUAAGUUCUCAUUGGAAAAUCCAUGCAGGGGAGAAACCAUAUAAAUGCCCAGAAUGUGGGAAAACCUUUAUCUGGAACUACAGUCUCAUGUCUCAUCGGAGAAUCCACACAGGGGAGAAACCAUACUCAUGCCUGGAGUGUGGAAAGAGCUUUAGUCGGAGAGAGAAACUUACUAGGCAUUAUAGAAUCCACACAGGGGAGAAACCAUAUAAAUGCUCAGAGUGUGGAAAGAGUUUCCGUUGGAAAGAAAGACUUACUAGACACCUCAGAAUCCAUACGGGGGAGAAACCAUAUAUAUGCUCUGUAUGUGGGAAAAGCUUCAAUUGGAGUCAUAACCUUAUAUCUCAUCUGAGAAUUCACACAGGAGAGAAACCAUUUGCCUGUUUGGAGUGCGGGAAGAACUUCAGUCAGAGAACAACCCUUACUUCCCAUCAGAGAGUCCACUCAGGGGAAAAACCAUAUAAAUGCUCAGUGUGUGGAAAAGGCUUCAAACAGAAAACAGAUCUAACUUCCCAUGAAAGAAUUCAUGCAGGGGAAAAACCGUAUCAGUGCUCAGAAUGUGGGAAAGGCUUCAAUCGGAGCACACAUUUAGCUUCGCAUCAAAAAAUCCACACAGGAGAGAAACCAUAUACGUGCUCUGAGUGUGGAAAGAGUUUCAGUCGAAGCGCAAACCUUACUUAUCACCAAAGAAUUCACACAGGGGAAAAACCAUAUAUAUGUCUUGAGUGUGGAAUGAGCUUCAGUGUGAACACAAGUCUGACCUUACAUCAAAGUGUUCACACUGGGAAGAAACCUUACAUAUGUUUGGAGUGUGGAAAGAGUUUUGUUUGUUCUGCACGCCUCACUAGUCAUCAGAGACUGCACACGGGGGAAAAACCAUUUAUAUGCCUGGAAUGUGGGAAGAGUUUCAGUCGGAGCACAAACCUCACUUCUCAUCAGCGACUGCACACAGGGGAAAAACCAUUCAUAUGCUUAGACUGCGGGAAAAGCUUCAGUCGGAGUGCAAACCUACUUAGACAUCAAAGAACUCACACGGGGGAGAAACCGUUUAAAUGUUUGGAGUGUGGAAAAAGCUUCAGCCAUAGUGAAACACUUACUUUGCAUAGGAGAAUCCACACUGGGGAGAGACCAUUUAAAUGCCUGGAGUGUGGAAAGAGUUUCAGUCGGAGCACACAUCUGAACUCUCAUCUAAGAAUUCACACAGGGGAGAAACGUGCAGUACUAGGCAAAGCCGCAUCUAUUGACUUUCUAGAAGAUAGCUAUCUUAGCCUAUUGUAGAGGAAAACUCAAGCAACAAAGAUGACUGCUUUCUCCCCUCACCCCCAAACACGUUGUGUGAACUAGUAAUUUGAUAGUGUUUUUAAAAAGUGCUUUGCACUUCUUACCUAGAUUUAGGGAUAGGGGGCAAGAUCGGAACACUGGCAUGGAAGUUUCCUUGUUUGUCUCCCAUCUACUAGCAUGCUAUCAGGAUACUGCUCCAUUAAGAGAGAGUUUAUGUACAGCAGACAAAUCAAUCCCUUGCCAAUAUGUUGCCUUGCUGAGAGAUUCUAUGCACCAGUGUGCGGUGACGUUCUUCUGCACUGAUAUUGUCCGCAUUCGUUUCUUUCAUCUUCUCACCAUGAGGGUUUUUCGUGACCUCCAUCCACUGGGCUCAAAUCUUGUUGGGUACUGGUGGCCCCCAUCUAAUGUUUGAGUUGAUCAGGAAUUUUGUAUUUCAUUUGGAAUCACAAUCGGUUUUGUUAGGAUUCCAGUUUCAGUAGUUUUGACUUGUCGUUUCUAUAUUACACACAGCAAAGCUUUUUAAAAAUGGGGCAGAGUUGCUUUGUUCCUUAUAUAUAUGCCCAUUCUAUAUAACUUAUUUUGUAAGUCACUGGUGCAAGUUACUUUGGAAGCUUUCUUUCUUUCUUUCUUUCUUUCUUUCUUUCUUUCUUUCUUUCUUUCUUUCUUUCUUUCUUUCUUUCUUUCUUUCUUUCUUUCUUUCUUUCUUUCUUUCUUUCUUUCUUUCUUUCUUUCUCAACUCUCUAUGUCUUAAAUCCAUUCUUAACUCUACAAACCACCUAGGUCAGGCUCUUGUAAUUUAAACACAAGAAACUUGCUAUUGGUUAACUUCCAACAAGAGGAAAAUGGAAAUUGAGACAAAUCAUCUACAUCUUGAAGAUGCAAAAGGAAAUGUGGGCCAAGUGGACAGAGAUGAGGUGACAGGGGUCUCUGAGCCAGAGGAGGGGAGGAUUCUCUAAGCAGCAGGUCCAUUUUCAAAGGCCUGCAAGGGAGAAGAUUCUCCAGGCCAGGAGGAAUAUGGAAAAAGUAAAGGUAGCCAUGCUUUGUUUAAAGAUCUUGCAAUUCUGUUACCCAGAAAAAGUGCAGCAGAACGUAGCUUCCUGAAAAUCUUAGCUUUCGUUUAAAAACAAAUACAAGAAGAAAGUAAGGGAGGAUUAUUGAUAGAGGUGAAGAGGGAGGAACACUUUUUCUAAGAGCGGAACUACAAGUGACAAAAGGCAUAGGUCGGACAUUUGUCAGCUUCCCUCAAGUUUUGAUGGGAAAUGUAGGCAGCUUGGCGGAAUGUUGGACAAGUGACAGUUGAAAAGUCCAUUGGACAGCAGUCAGAGAGCCAAGCUGCAAGGCUAGGAUGCCUACAUUUCCCAUCAAAACUUGAGGGAAGCUGACAAGUGUCCAACCUGUGCCUUUGUCAAUUGUAGUUCCGCUCUAACUUAAGGGGAAGAGUUUUUUGUUUUUUUGGUUCAGAGAUGCUUAGAAGGUUUCAAGUGCAGAAAAGCUACUGUGCUUGAAAUAAAUGUGGAUAUUUACCAAAGGAGGAUUUUUUCCCCUUAGCCUGUAUUCCCACAAAACCUUUUGUAUGUAAGUUGAAAACCUAGACAAUGGCCUUUAAGCCAGUUUGGUGUGAGAGCCAGUUUGGUGUAGUGGUUAAGAGUGCAGGACUCUAACCUGGAGAACCAGGUUUGAUUCCCCUCCACUUGAAGCCAGCUGGGUGACCUUGGGUCAGUCACAGCUUCUAGGAGCUCUGUCAGCCCCACCCACUUCACAGGGUGAUUGUUGUUGUUGUGGGGAUAACAGUAACAUACUUUGUAAACUGCUCUGAGUGAGUGUUAUAUAAAUCAAAUAUUAUUAUUAUAAUCUUCUCUUAAUUAUUUUAUUUACAGCAUGCAUCUCAUGUUGAGACUCAAGGUGGAUUAUGCAGCAUGAGGCAAAGCAGUUAAAUAGCAUGAGAAAACUAACAAACAGUGCAAUAAAGCAAGGGUCUUAAUUGGGGUUGUAAUUCUAUGCUUCAGAAUUUGGGAUUAAGCUUUGUGGAAGCCACUGAUUGCAUGUACUUCCUCCUUUUCUAUCCUGACACUGAAAACAAGGAUGAAGUAGUCUGGGAAACUCAUCUCUUAUAUUUCAUGAAACAUUUCAUCUAAGAGAUCUGUGUGACCCUGAGGCUAGCGUGUUACGUGCUGUAGAAUGGUCAUGAAAUAAAACAAAAAGUAAGAUUGGACAGCGGUCCAUUGAAGCAUGUUUUGGUACUUUUGGGAUCCUAAACAUCCAGGGUACAUCAUUAGAUUGCGUAAACAUGAAUGUGACCAUCUGGGUUGAGCUGAAUUACUGUCACAGAGGAACGUCGCUGUUGAUUAAAACAAAGAACUGA